GGCCGCCGCUUCCGCCGCGGGCGCCACCAAUGGCGGCGCCGUUGCCAUGGGCACGGGAGGAGGCGGCGAUGGCCGAGGCGGCGGCGGGAGCGGCGCUGAGCGGGGCCGAGAGGGAGAAGCUGCGGGAGAAGCUGGCGCUGCUGCGGCGGGAGUACAGCGAGACCGUCAGCCGGCUGCGGCGGGCGCGGCGAGCCGAGCGGGCCCGGAGCCACGCCGGGAGGAGGGCGGCGGAGGACGGAGCGCGGCGGCCCGCGGAGCCGGGGGGGCGGCGCAGCCCCGCAGGUUCCAGAGAUAGCGAGUCUGCUAGUGCUGACAAACACGAAACCUGUCCCUUACAGACUGAAAGCUGCUCGGUUCCUGACACAGAGAGGAAAACUUCUGUCACACUUAAACACGCUCCUGAAUUUGUCAGUAAUGAAGUUAGUUUGCAGGACAGCUCACAGGCAGAAAGCAUACAGGCUCGCCAGGAAAAUGCAUGCUGUGGAGUCUCGAGGCCUGCAACUGCGGAGAAAAAAACCCAAACCUUGAGAAGCAUGAUGAAGCUGAGGAGGAGGAGGACAAAGGCUCUGGUAUCAGAGAAAAGGGAAUCGGUGCAUGGUGUGCAUCGAAUCAAGGCUGAUGAAACGGUGAAAAAUCAAACUGGCAGUGCAGAGCAACUUCGGUCACCAGUCUUCAGGCAGCGCAGUUUCUCAAGCACUGAGGUGAAUGCCCAAAGCGAGUCCAGACCAGGAAUCGUGGGGAAGCAAGGAAACAGUUUAACUCCUCCAGAUGCUGAAUUGGGAGUUCUACAAGACGUGCUUGAAGACAGUCUCCCUCUGGGAGUGCCUGAGCUAUUGCCGUGUGUCCCGGGGGACAGCAGUGAUGUCUGGCAGCCUGAGCCCCCAGGUGCUGUGGCCACAUCCGAUAACCGUGAACCUGCACAGCUGUGUUCAGAGAAUGGUGAAUCUGUGUUACUUGAUGCCGGUGCUGAUGGUGGAAAAGAAUCUUUCAGGGUAAUAAAACAAACGGACAGUGAGAGCAUACACGAAGAUCAGGGAGAAUUACGCAGGCUCUUGGGUUUAACGUCAGAAAAUGAAGUAUUGCCCCCUGGCAGAAAUAACGAGAUAAUUAAGGAGAGCAAAAGCCAUGACGGAAAUGAGAAUGACACUGGUGGUUUAAGUGCCCUUCCUUCAGAUCUUGCUCUGGGCAAUGCUGAGAAACUGUUGGAGAAUCAACAGCUUGAAAUUCAGUCUAGACUUUCUCAUCUAGAAAAUGUAACAGCUCCUGAAAGUGCACUGAGUUCCUGCACGAUGGUUGAGGGGCUUCUCUUUCCAGUUGAAUACUAUGUCAGGACAACUCGACGCAUGUCUAAUUGCCAGAGGAAAGUGGACCUUGAUGCUGUAAUUCUUAGCCAGCUGGGCAGGAGCAAGAAAGGUCAGCGAAGUAAAUGCAAGCAGAAAGAUGCCAAUUCAAAUCAGCCCUCCCAAGAAACGGUUGAAAAUGAUUUGGAGUCAGCAGUUGUGCCUUUCCCUUUUCUUUGUACGGAAAAUGAUCCAGUGAAUUCAAGUAGUCCUCAGAAAACUCUUCUUACAUCCAGUGGAAGCAGCAAUUCACCGGGGUCAAUUUCUCAAAGCAGCAUCACAAGCACAAAGCGAGAUCAGAGGCGAUCGCAGAGGAAACAAAAGGGAAGAAGAAAGCCUGCCUGCAAACCUCUUGUGAAUCAAACGUCACAGGAACCUGUAGAAAGUUUGGAUCUCGUAACACCAAGGGAAAGCAGUAGUCCGCUAUCAAAUGAGUAUCCGAGUGAAAAGGAAAACUGUGAAGCUGAUCUUGAAAAGUCAUCUUUGGAAGAGAGACGGUUGUCUGUUGCUGCAGCUCUUGGGUCUGGAGCAACUGCUGUGAUACAGCCAACAAGUGCCGACCCUCCUGGUGGAAGCCAAGUACUUGGCAAAUGCCGUAAGACUCUUUUAGAACAGGUUCAAAAUCCACUGCAGAAAAGUGACUCUCCAAACCCAAGGAACGAAACUUUUGUCAGCCACACAGGUGAUCUGGAACGCAAGCUAAGUGUGUGUCAGUCUGAUAAAUCUCCGGUGGAACAUGUUAAGAGUCAGCACGUGCAAGCAGCCUGCGGGGCUGAACAGCUUCUAGCAAUUAACGUCCCUCCACGCCGCUCCCUGCGUUCCUCUGCAAGACAGAGAGACAGUCAAGCCUCCAAAGAUGAGAGCAAAGGAGGACCUGGCCAUCAAAUGGAUUCAGAGGGUACUGCUCCUCUUGGUCUUCCUGCUACAGACGCCGGUACUUCCAGCUCUCUCUUUUCCUUCUGCAGUCACCAGUGGCUGGUCCCCAAACUGGGUAUCGAAGAAUUUCAUCUACCUGAUGAGGAAUUUGGACUAUUAAAACUUGAGAAAUGUGAAUCUUCCCCUGUGAAUGACUUGGAGGCUUUUGUUCCUAGUGUGUUUGGGCAUGGUCUGGCUUCAGAGGACAUGCAAGCUGCAGAAAUGAAGGCAGAAGAAAAAGGGCUCAAAAGGAAUCUGACUUCACUGCUCAAAAGUGGGUCGCCCAAGUCAUCUCACGUGGAAAGCCCGGCUUCCAAGAUGGAACUUUCCACACAUGAAUUGCUAUUUACUCCCGUGGGGACUAUCUCAACUGGUGCUCCCGUUCAGCCCGAGUCUCACAUUUCCUCAUCUGUUUUCCCUGUCUUGGGUGCAACCCCAGCUGUUCUACCAUCCGUAUGCAGUGAGCUCUUCCCCAGUACAUGUUCUGUACCUCCUUUGCAAGUCAGCCUGCGUUCCUCUCAAGAAGCACCUGCCCAGGUCGUGGAUGAUAGGGAAUGCAGAGACUCUGCCAUUCCACUGCACUUGGACAGCUGUGGUGCAGGAUCUGCUAGACAAGAGGAAGGACAAGGUACAACAUUUCAUUUAGAAGCUGAAAGACAUCCUAAUAAUAGAUCAGAGGAGGCUGUGGCCUUGGAGAAGCGUCAGCAAUCCCAGAGCAAACAGCAGAGAUCCUGCAGAUCUCCUGAACAGAAAAAAAAUGAAGCAGAACAGUCAACUCCAGUACUGUUUGAUGGCCUGACAGAAGAGAACUUGCAGUUUGUUUCAAAGCUAAAGGAUUCUUCAAGUUCUUGUGCUGUGGACGUGAGCACCGUGUGGUGGGAAGCAGCGGGCUGCAGAGAGCUGUGUGUGGUGACUGCUUGUGAGAAUUCAGUUUCCUUGUGGAAACCUCUGGCACCCGACCACUGGGGAAAGGUCUAUACUUGGCAGCUUGGAGAGAUUCCUGUAAUACAGAUCAUUCCUCUGCUGGACACCUGUAAUCUCAUCUGUAUAGCACUGGGAAAUCUGGAGAUUGGAGAAAUAAGGCUCUUGCUUCAUUCUUCUGAGAAUGACUCAUUCAAGCAAUCACUAGUGAAAACUGGGAAUAUAAAAGCUGUUCUUGGGCUGAAGGAUAGGAGGCUGGUCAGCAGCAGCAGAAGCAUGCAAGAGCAGGAAGUGGAAGUAGUAUCGUUUUCAGAGACAGGAAGGAGCAAGCACGGACAGACUUUGAUGCCCCCUGAAGAAACCGUUUUAGCUUUUGCUGAAGUAGAAGGAGUGAAAGAUGCCUUGGUCGGCACCACUGCAGUGAACAGCAUUGUUGUUUGGAAUUUGAGAACAGGCCAGCUCCUGAAGAAGAUGCACGUUGGUUAUUCCUACCCAGCUUCGAUCUGCCACCGAGCGUAUUCUGACUCUGGCCUUCUGUUUGUUGUUUUAAGUCAUCCACACGCCAAAGAGAGCGAGUCCUGUGGAAAUCCUGCAUUCCGGGUGAUUGCAUUCAACCCCAAAACAGCCAGAAGCACUGGAGUCAUCUUCUCUUCCCUCCCACCCGGCCAUGCUGGAAGGUACGUGGAGGGCGAGGUGAAGGACGCCCUUGCCGCGGCCGUGCUGUCCUCGGGAGCCAUCGCGGUGUGGGACCUGCUGCUGGGGCGCUGCACGGCGCUGCUGCCGCCGGGCCCCGCCGGGGGCUGGGCCCUGGUCCGCUGGGGCGCGGCGGGCGCGGGGCUGCUGGCGGGGCGCGGCGACGGCAGCGUCUGCCUGUACCGCUACGCGGCGCCCGGCGCCCCGCCGGGACAUUAAACGGCUGUGUGCGGGA